AAUAAACCAUGGACAAAAACGUGCCUACGCUGGUAUCCACGGCGACACGUCGAGUUUGUUGAAUUUUCUUUCGGUUCUAGAACAAAAAAUCAAGUUUGGUGAGUUUUUUUGGCUUUUGCUAGGAAUUUUUCAAUAUUUUAUACGCGAAAAAAUAUCCGAACUACCGCCAUGCCGGAACAGCAGAUUCCGGCCGAGGACCGACCAUCGUCGAGUUCGUCGUCGGAACCCGCCGGCGGCUCGCUGGGGCAUUCCCCCGAAGAAGUGCGCAGCGAGGCUAACGGCAAUGAGUUCGUGGCCAUCCGAAAUCUGAUCAACAGUAAUCGAUCCACGACCCGACACCGACCACGUCCGCCCGUGCCCCGGUUGCCAUUCGAGUCCUUUAUCCCGGCACCGAUGCGCUACUAUCCGAUUGUAAUUCCGGCUGAACCGACCAUCGAGGAUUUGUUGCGCCAAGCGGCGGGAUCCACCGAACUUCACCGAGUAACGGAAAUCAAGCUGAAGGUCAUCUCGCACCUGACCAGCCUGCAGCGAAUUCCGUGCUUUAUACCAAACCUGCGCUCGCUGACACUGGAGGGAAGCAUCGUGAUGACCUUGAGGGAUUUGGGUUGCGACAUGACGUCGUUGGUUUAUCUGAACGUGAGUCGGUGCAGCUUGAAGAACCUGGACGGAACCAGCGGGCUGGAGACGCUGGAAGAGCUGGUCGCCGAUCACAACCAGAUCGAGGAGGUCGGACCGUGCACCAAUUUGGUGCAAAUCAAGAAGAUCAGCUUGAAGAGCAAUCGCAUCACCGAUCUUGGAAGCAUCACAUUUCUUGCGCUAUGCGAAAAACUAGAACAUCUGGAUCUUCGCGAGAACUUUGUCUCCGAGAACCCCUCCUUCCGGCACAUGCUCAAGGAGAACAUUCCACAGCUGCGAUCGCUCAACGAAAUUCCAUUUUCGGAUGCGGCCCGCGAAGAUCACACCGACAUGUCCAGUUCGGAGUACCAAUCGAGUUCGUCGAGCAUUGAAGGUGGUCCGCACACCAACCGAUGGGAAGUUGGAGGUAUUGGCGACGGGGCCUGGAACGAGCGUCAACAGCGGGAGGUGCUGCAGCCAUUCAGACCUACCAGCAGUCACCAAGAGCGAACCGUAACGCUAGAACUGCUCGACGACGCACGACCAGCUACCGCGGAUGCAACGAAAAUAAAGCACCAACUCACAUCCGGAGAGCCACUCUGCGGAACGAUCGUAACCAAAGCCCGCCGAACGCGCCGUCAGCGAACGGCCUGGGGCGAAUCGACGUCCUGCUCCAGCAUGAGCAGCUCGGAUUCGUCCUACUCGAAGGACUUCCCCGACCGACUCCCGCAGAAAAGCGUCGACCUGGAGCUGGGCGUUAUCGGUGGAUCUGCUCCUCCGCCAAACGAUCCCACCGGCGGUGGCGACGAUGACUCGCAAAGUUUGCUCCGGGCGGCACGCCUCUGGCGCCAGCGAUCCCUCCAAACGCGGGAAUCGAUCCGCGAGCAGGAUCAGCUGCAGCGUCACGUAAGUGAGGGUUGAGUUAAGGUGAAAAUUGUUGAUUUGUUCUGUACAGAAUUUAUUCUUGCUAAUAAAUAAAUUUUAAUUAGUAUA